AUGGGUUUGCUCUCCAACAGAGUGGAUAGAGACAGCCUCAAACCCGGCGAUCACAUCUACUCCUGGCGCUCUGUUUAUAUUUACGCUCAUCAUGGUAUCUAUGUUGGGGAUAAUAAGGUCAUUCAUUUUACUAGACGCGGCCAAGAGUUAAGAAUAGGGACAGUGCUGGAUGUCCUCUUGGUAAGCUCAAGAUCAUCCCGAACCCAUGUGCCGUGCUCCACGUGCAAUCCGCAAGAUGAAGAUCAUGGAGUAGUCUCCUCGUGCCUGAACUGCUUCCUUGAUGGUGGCAUCCUGUACCGUUUUGAGUAUGCUGUUAAUCCUACUCUCUUUCUCGCAAAAGCACGUGGCGGAACUUGUACUCUUGCCAUCUCAGAUCCAGACGAUGUUGUAGUUCAUCGAGCAAACUACCUAUAUACCAAUGGCUUUGGAUGCUAUAAUGUAUUUAAUAACAAUUGUGAAGACUUUGCUAUCUACUGCAAGACAGGACUGCUUGUUCUGGAUCAGAGAACAAUGGGGCAGAGUGGACAAGCAGUAUCUAUUAUAGGUGGCCCUCUUGCCGCUGUGUUGUCUACACCAUUGCGCCUUGUGACAAACAAUGUCUAUGGAAUGGCAGUAACAGCUGUUGGGGUCUACUGUGCUAGUCGUGUUGCUGCUGACAUUGGCAUGAGGAGCGAUGUCUUGAAGGUAUCUGUGGAGGAUCUGACAAGAAGGCUAGCAACAUGUACACUUCAGGUUGUCGAACCAAGUCUUCCAGCUGUUGCACCUCCGGGCAUUUUUUCUGGUGUUACAGACUCUAAUGACCUUGCAAUUCUCAACCAGUUCAGAGAUGGAUUGGAGAACCCUGAACUCUUGAACUGGACUACUAGUGAUGAUCCAUGUGGUCCCCCAAGUUGGCCACAUAUCGUUUGUUCUGGCAACAAGGUUUCUCAAAUUCAAGUUCAAAUUUUGAAUUUGAAGGGUACUUUGCCCAAGAACUUGAACCAGUUGCCUAUGCUCUCAAACCUAGGCCUUCAAAAGAAUCAAUUCAGUGGAAUGCUACCAUCUUUUAGUGGGUUAUCAGAAUUGAGGUAUGCUUAUUUGGGUCACAACAAUUUUGAUACAAUUCCUUCAGAUUUCUUCAAUGGACUUGUGAAAUUAGAGGUUUUGGCAUUGGAUUAUAACCCACUCAAUGCCACCACUGGCUGGUUACUGCCUAGUGAAUUGCAAAAUUCAAUUCAAUUGACCAAUCUCACACUGAUGAGUUGUAAUUUGGUUGGUCCAUUACCAAAAUUCUUGGGAAACAUGUCGUCCUUAUCGUCGGGGGAUGGGAUGACUGGUCCAAUUGAUGCAGUUUCUACAUUAGGAUCACUAAAUAGCAAAAUUCCGGAGAACAUUGGUAAUUUAACUUUGUUGAAAGAUCUCAAUCUGAAUGACAAUGACCUCGUUGGCCUAAUCCCUGAUAGCUUGGCAAGUAUGGAUUUAUUCAGUCUAGACUUGAAUAACAAUCAAUUCAUGGGUCCAAUACCAAAGUUCAAAGCUGCCAAUGUUACCUAUGAAUCAAAUCCGUUUUGUCAAUCUAUUCCCGGGGUUCCUUGUGCCCCAGAAGUCAUGGCGCUCUUGAAAUUCCUUGAUGCAAUUAAUUAUCCAUCUAAGUUUGCUUCUGCAUGGUCAGGUAACAAUCCAUGUGAUGGACCAUGGUUGGCAUUGACUUGUGACGUCAACAGAAAGGUUUCUACAGUAACCUUGCCCGAAUCUAAUCUUACUGGUACUUUGAGUCCUUCAAUUGCAAACCUGGAUUCCCUUACUCAAAUAUACUUCGAUCUAACCAGUUAA